CAGAGGCCGUACCUUUUGUGGUUUAUGUAAACUAAGGAUUCGUUAAAAUUAAAUCCCGAAAUAUCUUUCUCAACAAGUUGAAUUCCAAACAGAUCUAUGGGCGCUGAGGUCCGGAAAUAAGAGGGUGUCUCCCCCCUGCCGCCCAAUGACUGCUCGAAUAGGCUCCAGCAUCCCCGCCACCCUGAGAGCAGGAUAAGCGGUUCAGAUAAUGGAUGGAUGGAUGGAUAGAAAGGUGUGGUCAUGUCGAGGUAGUGGCAGUGUCUAAUUUUCUUGGAUUCAAGAAUUUGGUAAAAAUUAGAUAACACAACAAGAUGGAUGUUGAAGCUGCAGCUCAAUGCCCAGCUGAGGGAACUGCCAACUCUACAUCAAGUACAUCAGGGCUGUCAAAUCAAGGAAAAGCUUUGCCUUGUACAAAGAAGGUGUCUUUAAAGAGGAAGUCUAGUGUGUCCACAGGUACAAAGCCAAAGAAGCGAAAGAAAGCCAGAAGCAGCCGAUCUGCAAGGCUAGGCUUCACUGUCCAAGAGGGGGAAGAUAUGCUUCUGGUAAUAUCCAAUACUAGUCAGUAUGACAACAUAGCUUGGCAUCCAAAGAAGAAAGGAAGCAGAAAAAAGAAGCUUAAGGGCAAAGCAAAAUCUGUUCAAGUUAAGAGGAAAAAUGCUGUCCCUGCUAAACCUAAACAGACAAAGGAUCGCCAUGUCAAAAAGGUCGAGGAGAUUUAUCUGCAUCACUCAGCGGUAGGCAUGGACCACAGAUGGGGUCAAAGUCUGCCUGAGGAAGUGCUGAUCAACAUUUUUCAGAUGGUGGUCAUUCAAGAAGGAGCUGUACCGUUCCUGUGCAGGAUGGCAAGAGUUUGUCAUCUGUGGAACGCUGCUGCCUCCAGUCCUGCUCUGUGGCGCACUGUAUCAAUUGGUUUUUGCUGGGUUGAGCCAGGGAGGACCCAACUGCCAAAAAUCGAACAAAAGAUAAAGGACACUCUUAACUGGAUGGCACAGAACAGGUUCUCCCAACUGAGAGACUUCUCUCUUGGUCACUGGAAAAAAAAUGUCGAUUAUGCUGUAGAGGUAGUAUCCCAGUCCUGCCCUCAUCUACGCUCCCUCACGCUCUCGUACUGCGCAGGCGUGACUGUGAAGACCUUCCAGAGUCUUGUCGGAAACAGUCGGUGUCUGCAGAGCAUCAACUUGCAGUAUUCGGAGUUUCAGGUUGAAGGUCUUGUUAACUUCUUCGAAUCCUGUGGCAGCCAAAUCAGGCAAAUUCUGUUCACUCAUGGAUCCAAGAAUGAAAGACUUUUAGCUGCUAUUUCUAGAGGAUGCUGUCCUAACUUAGAACUGCUGGAGAUCAACACAAAGCUUGAAGGUGGAUAUUUCGAACUACCCAUCUGCAUCCAGGGUCUACAAAGUGGAUGCCCUAAACUAAAGACCUUCCGGAUGCUGAACGUCAUACCCAUGCACAAGGUUAUGCGUAAUGGACCAGAUUCUGUGUCAGGCUUCCCACUGUUGGAAGAGCUGUGCAUAGCCACAACAUCUGUUUCCUUCAUGACCGACAAAGAUUUGAGAGACAUUCUCUUUGGAUCUGACAAGGUGCGGGUGCUGGAUCUAAGAGGCUGCUCUCGAAUCACGCCUUUUGGCCUUGCAUCUCUUCCUUGUGCUGAGCUUGAAUGUCUCUUCUGGGGACAAUAUUUCAACAGUAAAGUAGCAUUGUCAUCACCCAAGAAGGGACUUCACAUGCUGACAGAAAAAUGGAGUGGUACGCUGAAGGAGCUUGACAUCACAAAUCAUCUCUUCACUGAAGAGGACAUAGAGAUAGCAAUGGGUCACCUUGCUCAUGCACCCAAUUCAGAUUCCCUGCGCUCACUAAACCUCAGUGGAACCAAGAUCACACCAGCUGCCCUCAGGUUGGUAAUUGGGCAAUCAACUGCUCUCAGCUACCUCAACUUGUCAUCCUGCCGUUAUCUACCAAGAGGACUGAAGAGGGUUUACCGUGGCCAAGAGGACAUCAGCCAGCUAUUAGACAAAAUGGAAUAGCAGUUGUAAGAAUUUUGAUUUUGGAAAUAGCUGGCAAAACUGAAACAUACUUGAAUUUCUUGAAACUACUUUUGUAUUUCUUUAGUGUCUUUAGCAUUUCUCAAUUUUCUCCAUUGUUCCUUGCUUUGGGAAAAACACUUGUACUGGCAUACAUUUGCUAGAUUGUUUUAAAAGUAUCAGUCAAAACUCCCCCCCCCUUUUUUUCUCCCCAGUUGUAUCCGUCAGUUACCCCACUCUACUGAGCCAUCCUGGUUGUUGCUCCACCCCCUCUGUUGAGCCGGGGAGGGCUGCAGACCACCACAUGCCUCCUCCAAUACAUGUUGAGUCGCUGGCUGCUUCUUUUCACGUGACAGUGAGGAGUUUCGCCAGGGGGACUUAGCGCGUGGGAGGAUCAUGCUAUUCACCCCCCCCCCCGGUUCCCCCUCCCUCCCAAACAGGCGCCCCGACUGAUCAGAGGAGGCGCAAGUGCAGCGACCAGGAUACAUACGCCCUUCCAGCUACCCAACUGCAGACAUGGCCAAAUGUGUCUGUAGGGACGCCCGACCAAGCCGGAGGUAACACGGGGAUUCAAACCGGCGAUCCCCAUGUUGGUAGGCAACAGAAUAGACUGCUAUGCUACCUGGAUGCCCCCAUCAGUCAAAACUUUUGGGUUAUUGUACAUAUUGAAACAUACCAACUCUCAUUGGUAAUGUUACUAAGGGCACAUAGUAUAAGAAUGUCUCUUGUAGCAUCUUCUUGUUCUUGUUCUUGUUCUUCUUUUGGCCUGUUCCCUGUUUUUCAGGAGUCACCACUUUGGAUUUUAUUGUUUCCAUCAGCAUUAAAAUUCAUAAAUGAAGAACACUGAGAUAACAUUGACCCAGAAAUAAAGGUUUAUUCAAAAGUGUCAUGAAAAACAGUUUACCAGACACACACACUAAUACACCAUAUGGAAUUAGUAAAUAAGAGUUACCUUUGCUGAGAAAUCUUUGAAUAAUAUUUUGCUAUCAAGUAAAUUCUUAGUUAUGUUUUUAAAACCUGCAUUGCUUUUCAUCUCUUUACAGUGUUGGUUAAUACUAUCUGUCCACUAGAGGGGAAUCUAUUCUCAAUACAAUUUUACACCACAGGGCAGAACAGCGUCUGUUCCUUGGGGUUGAUGAGAAACUUACACACAUGUCUUGGGUUGAUGUUAGUACAUAAAUGCUGAUUUUUUUGUUGUUAAAUAAUUCUCAUUUGUUGAGGUAACUCUUAAGGAGUAAUCAAUUUCUUCCUGUGUAGUCAAAACCACAACUUAACUGUGAUGGCUGACUUUUUUCACUAAGGUGGUCUUUUAGAUGACAAUAACCAUCGUUGGCUCUACGACCCAUAGAAAAAUUGAACAAUGCUUUGCAUUUUAAAAAAUGUCUGGAACAUACAGAUGUUUUUAAUGAAAAUUUGAGAACCAUAAAAAGGAUGAAAAAAAAUCAUUUUUGAAAAUGUUUGGAAGGCAAAAUGUGUUGAACUGCUGAAAUAAAGAUUUUUGUAUUUCUCUUAAAUCUCACUCAGUUAAUGCCAUUUCUAUAUGAAAAAGUGCAACUUGCAGAAAGUAUAACAUUUAACUUUUUGCUAAACAUUUGCCUUUUAAAAAAAGGGACCAAUAAAAUUAUCACCAGAAGUUCUAAAACAUUUUAAGAUUGCUUUAGAUUGUUUUUUUGUUUUUUUUAUACAGUAAAAUUGUUAUCCAAUUGUUUUAAGCCCGCAAGAUAAGAUUUGUACUUAUUAAGUAAACUACUAUAAAAGCUCACCAAAGAGGACAGGAAAAAAAUGAAUGAAAAACGUGUUUGUCACAUUCAGACUUUGACGUUAUCUGUACAAAGGAAGUAAACUAAGGUCUGUGGUAGGAUAUCUUACAGACCUCUCUAGCAACUGG